AUGAAAUGUAUUUCAAAACAUCGUCUAGUUGAUGAAUUUUAUGAUUGUCCGAUAAACGAUGAUGAACUUUACAAUGACACUUGUUCACUUAAUCUAAACAGUCGGUUUCAAUGUACAAUAGAUAAAGAUAGAUGUAUUUCAUAUAUAUUAGUUAAAAGUAGUGUCUGGUGUUGCAAAUCUCACAACAAUGAACCAGACAUUUCUAAGAAAGACACAUGGAAUAUUGCAUUGCGUAUAAUAUGUGAUGGCAAAGUUGAUAUAUUGCCGAUUCUAAUUGACAAUAAAAAUGAAACAGAUGAAACUGAUUGUAAUGAAAAUCCUUGUCGAAAACCAGGCAUCACAUGUCAGUCUGAUAUUGAUUCACUUGAAUUGUACCCAUCAAGCAAAGUACUUGAAGUCAAUAAAUUAGCCAUUUCUCUUACUAAACAAAGUGUUAUGAGUUCCGCUAGUCUUUCAGUAAUAAGAGACAAUAACAGACUAAGACGACUUGCAUGGUACUGUAAUCGUGAAAUUUUAAUUGAAUCGAUAGUUGAUGGUGAAAAAUGUCUAUGUCCUCCAAGUUAUUAUGGUGAACUAUACCAAUAUCAAAGUCAACGUGUUAGCCUAACAUCGUUACUACGGCAACGCAGUGCAUUUGAACAAUAUACAACGUUCAAAAUAGUUUUAUUAUUGAUGACUCAUGAAGAAAAUAUUGUUCUUUCAUAUGAGCAAGUUCUGUUUCACAGGCCACACGUAUCCAACAAUUGUGCAGGACUGUAUAAAACUCAAUUGUUAUAUCCUAAUCGUCCAAAAUUAUUAUUAAACAAAGCGUAUUUUAUUCGUAUUGAUGCUUAUGCUAUUCAUAGUUUACGUAAACAAAAAAAUGAAUAUCGUGCUAGUUGGUAUUCCGAAAUUCUAAUGUCAUCUAUAUCUGUUAACAAAAUUGCAUUGAGUUUGAUCAUACCAGAAGCUAUAUCUUAUUCAGUAAACUCUGGUGCCAUACAUGACCCAUGGAAUCGUCGUCUGAUAUCUGAUGAAGAGGAACAACGUACAUGGUGUGUUAUUAAUUAUACUCAUCGACCGUGGUUAAAUAGUAUGAAUAUGGAUCUUAAUAUUUCACAUUUUAUCAUACCAUUCACAAUUAAUUUUUUAUCUGUAUUUAUUGUUAUUCUAAAAGCAGCACGUAAACGGAGUGUAUCAUAUAGACAUAAAUCUUAUCGUUGA